AUGUCGAAUUACUACACAUCCCCCAAUGCGGGGCCGUCGGCUGCAUAUGGCGGCCAGCCCGGCGCUGCAGCGCAGAACCUCAACUUCUACCAAUCCUCGUACGCAGCGCAGCCCGUAUCGGGACACACGACACCCUUUCAGGCGUACAACGGUGGCGCUGCGGCCAACGCCUACGCCGGCGCGGGCUUUGGAGGCAUGGGCAACAUGGCGGGCCCGAGCGGCUUCGGCGGAGCGGUGCCCGGUGUGAGCGGCAGGAUGGGCGAGCAGGGCGGACUGCGGACGGGUUGGUUGGCGGCAUUUGGGACCGAGGGCUACGACGGCGAGCCGCCGCUGUUGGAAGAGCUGGGUGUGAACUUUGGACACAUCAAGAUGAAGACUCUUACGGUGCUGAACCCGCUGGCGAGAAUAGAUCAGCACAUCAUGGACGACUCGGACCUGGCGGGCCCGAUCCUGUUCUUCUUGCUGUUCGGUACCUUCUUGCUCUUUUCCGGCAAGGUACACUUCGGCUACAUCUACGGUCUGGCGCUACUCGGUAGCACCUCUCUCCACAUGAUCCUGUCCCUCAUGUCUCCGCCCGUCGACGCGGCAACGGCCAGCGCAUCGGGCCACCCGUCGCACCCCACCACGUCAUCGCACUUUUCUUCGACCCUCACAUUCCCCCGCUCUGCAUCGGUACUCGGAUACUGCCUCCUGCCGAUGGUGCUGACGUCGUUAAUUGGCAUCGCUGUGCCCAUGGACGGCCCAUUCGGAUACAUCUUGACGACGGCGGCCAUCAUGUGGUGUACGUACAGCAGCAGCGCCAUGUUCUGCGCAGUCGGUCGCAUGAGCGGUAUGCGCGGCCUUGUGGCUUACCCGUUGGGGCUGUUCUACGUGGGAUUCGGGAUCAUGGCCAUCUUCAGCAGCAGGGGAACGGGCAGCUUGGCGGCCAAGACGGCGGGUGUGUAG